GAGUCGAGUCAGAAAUCCGAUUGAUUGUCGAAGACGUUCGUGCGAUGCUUGACGGUCCAAAAACACACCAUGAUAGGAUGCGUGAUGAGCCUCACAAAGCUCAAGACAAAGUAGAGUUUAGAAAACAAAAAUGGAAACCACCACCAAGCCCUGCAAGGGGCAAGUGAAAGUGAGGCAUUACCAAAAGCUGGAUCCAGCCUCAAUCGACAUGAAACAAUGGCCCACUGGCAAAGAAAUCCAGGAUGCUCUCAAAAAGGAAGGAUUCCUCCACCGAUUGGAAACCAAAGAGGAAGCGUUUUGGCAAGCUGCCUUUCGAUGGGCCUUGCUGAAAAAGUACGGCCACUGUCCACAAGGACUGGAAAAUCCAUUUGCGGAAACUCCGGAUCGUAGUACACAGAAACUUUGUCUUUCGGAUCAGGACAUUGUCACGAUCGACGACAUUUGGCAAGAACUGUGCGAAUUGGCCACUAGUGACAGCGCCAAGAACCACUCGGAGGCAGAUUCGGAUUUACUGCAAUUCUUGGCCACAGCAAUGUCCAAUAGAAGACAGCUUCAAUGGUCCUUUAUGGAUUGUGGGCCAGCCUGUCAGUUCAAGUUGCAUGCCCACCCCAACAUGGAGAUUAUCUUUUGUGUCAAGGGGGAACUGCAUGAAAUCAGAAUGGAUGGAAAGCCCAUCACCAAGGAAUUUGAAUCAGAAGAAACUAGCUCUCCUGAUAGCGAUAUCCACAGCAAUCAACGACUCAAGGGACCUGACCUGUCCCUUUUAGGGCGACCAUGGAAAUUUCAGACCUUGAAAGAAGGCAACUUCUUGGUCAAUGAAGUGGGGUCCAUUCACAAAUCUUUUGCCGCCACCAAUGGCGAAGGCGUGCUGUUAUUGGUCGUCUGGGGAGGAUCACAUGCUGAUGUGUCACCUGAUCAAGAACCUAGGAGUGUCAACGUACAGGAAGCUUUAGAAACCAUGGACAAGCGGUUAUGUGGAGAUUGCGCCUCGGGGACCCUUAUCUCGGAAACUUUUCUUCCAACUUCCGAACGUAGCCAAUAGCAGCUAUAGUGAAUGAAUCGAAUCCAUCUUCUUACUUCUAAUACUGUAGUCUCUUUUAAAUUAAUAAAAAGGCGAUGCGAUUG